AUGCCUAUUUUAGUUUUCCUCUUAGACACGUCCGCCUCUAUGAAUCAGCGCACUUAUUUGGGUACGACGUAUCUGGACAUUGCUAAAGGCGCGGUUGAGGUCUUUAUGAAGCUGCGUGCCCGAGACCCGGCUAGUAGAGGCGACAGGUACAUGCUAGUUACAUUUGAUGAUCCGCCAUACGGAGUGAAGGCGGGCUGGAAGGAGAACCACGCCACCUUCAUGUGCGAGCUGAAAAAUCUUCAAGCGUCCGGGCUGACGACAUUAGGUCACGCUCUCCGCACGGCCUUUGACCUGCUUAACCUCAACCGCCUCGUCUCAGGCAUUGACAAUUAUGGGCAGGGCCGCAACCCUUUUUUCCUCGAACCAUCUGUAAUCAUCACUAUCACUGAUGGCAACAAACUCACGCAUAGCUCAGGCGUCCCAGAUGAGCUGCACUUGCCUCUAAACUCGCCUCUGGCUGGCAGCGAGCUGACCAAAGAACCCUUCCGUUGGGACCAAAGGUUGUUCGCGCUGGUGCUUCGGCUCCCCGGAGCUGCUACCGCAGAUAACGAGCAGCUCGGCAGCGUCCCCACAGAUGAGUCGGCUAUCACCCAAAUGUGUGAAGUCACAGGAGGGCGAUCCUACUGCGUACGAACACAACGAAUGCUAAACCAGUGUCUCGAGUCUCUUGUCCAAAAAGUUCAAAGUGGCGUCGUUCUAAAUUUUGAGAAAAGUGGGCCAGAUCCGCCUCUUAUAGGGGAAGACAACCAAGUGGAGUCAAACCGCUCCGUGUCAUCCUUUAGUCCACAGCUGUGGCACAGUUGCCAUAAACUCAUCUAUGUGCGCCCCAACCCAAAAACGGGGGUGCCAGUCGGGCAUUGGCCCAUCCCUGAAUCCUUCUGGCCGGACCAGAACUCUCCCACGCUGCCCCCUCGCACUGCCCAUCCUGUAGUGCGUUUUUCCUGUGUAGACUGUGAGCCCAUGGUGAUAGACAAGCUUCCAUUCGACAAAUAUGAACUGGAGCCCUCACCUCUCACCCAGUACAUUCUGGAAAGAAAGUCUCCACACAUGUGCUGGCAGGUGUUUGUGAGCAGCAGCGGGAAGCAAAGUGACCUGGGUCAGCCUUUUGGUUACCUUAAAGCCAGCACCACUCUUACUUGUGUCAACCUGUUUGUCAUGCCUUAUAAUUACCCGGUGCUCCUUCCACUCCUUGAUGAUUUGUUCAAAGUGCACAAAUUAAAACCGAACCUCAAGUGGCGACAAGCCUUGGAGAUGUACCUUAAAACGAUGCCUCCGUACUACCUCUUGCCUUUAAAGAAGGCCCUGAGGAUGAUGGGGGCACCAAAUUUAAUCGGAGACAGCAUGGACUGUGGUCUAAGUUACAGUGUCAUCUCCUAUCUGAAGAAGCUCAGCCAGCAGGCAAAAAUAGAGUCUGAACGCUUGAUCGUAUCUGUGGGGAAGAAGGCACCCCAAGAAACUGGCAUUAGGGUGAAGAACCACUCCAGCUCUUUGUCUCUGGCCCACCGGCGAGAUUUGAAGCAACUGCUACAUGGAAUCACUGGAGAGGCUCCACUUCGCAUGGUGGACAUCAAUUUCAAGGAGUUUUCCGGCUUCCAGAUCGCAUUGCUCAGCAAGGAUGUUAAGCCUCAAGCUUAUCGAAAUGCCUACGACAUCCCAAGACGGAAUCUUCUGGAUCAGCUUACUCGAAUGCGUUCUAAUUUACUGCGAACUUCACAAAAACUAAUCAGAGGGCAGGAUGAAGAUUACCUGCAUAGCAUUCCAGUGGCUCAGAUGGGAAACUAUCAGGAGUAUCUGAAAAUGAUGCCGUCUCCUCUAAGAGAAAUUGAUCCGGAUCAACCUAAACGACUGCACACUUUUGGGAACCCUUUCAAGCAGGAUAAGAAGGGAAUGAUGAUCGAUGAGGCCGAUGAGUUUGUCUUAGGUCCUCAAAACAAGAAAAGGGCGAAUUCCAGUGACUCAAAUGCAGGUGCUACUAUGAAGAGAAGGCGGAGCAUGUCACCGUUACUACGGCGACCUCAGACUCCACCGGUCAGCGCCAACCACAUUCUGGCUGGAAAGAGUCCGACAGGUGUUCAAGGACAAGUGAAUCUCCCAAAAGUCAUACCACAGCACAAAGGGCCGGAUGGUGCUGAGGUGGUCAGCGAGAGUAACGGCGAUGGUGUUCUUGUUCCUGACUCGGGUGAGAAUUGGCCCAGUGAAGUGGACUCCGUGGGAGGAAUUCAACAUUCGCUCAACUCGGUGGGAAAAGCAAGGGCAGAAGCAGUUGAUGGGGGCGAGGACAUCAACAUGACUGAAGAGAAAGCUGUCAUUCAAGACGGUCAAGAGGAGCAGUCACUAGAAGAGACAUUCAAUUGUGUGGACUUGAGUCCGCAGAGCAACUUGGACAGUGCAGAGACUGAACCGGCAGUGCUGGAGACCAUAUUCAUAGCACCACUAGACGGUAGCCAAGCAGAACUACGGACACGAGUCAUCAAGGAAGUCCGCAAACCUGGCCGAAACUUUGAGGCAAUACUAGAACUACUGCAGCAGGUUAAAGGACCAGUCAAUGUCCAGCGCUAUUUCAUUCAACACGCCAUCAAAGAGGCCUCCAGAUUCAAGAAACGGACCCUAAUCCAUCAGCUAGAGCUUACACUUGCCAAGAUUGAUGAGAAGCAUGGGACGCCGUCACAGCUUGCUAGUGAUCAUCAUCAAAACACAACAACAUAG